AUGCAACAGCAGAGACGACAUAUUCCGAUAAGUGGUGAAAUAAUUUGCGAAAAAGCACGUUUAUUUCACCGUGAAAUAACAAAGCAGGAAGAUGGUUUCACUGCUAGUAGAGGUUGGCUAGACAAUUUUAAACAUCGUCAUGGUAUUAAGCGCCUUAAAAUAACGGGUGAGAAACUUUCAUGGGACGAAGCAUCAAUCGAACCAUUUCGAAAUGAGUUACAGUUAGUCAUAAAUGAAAACAAUUUAGACCUAGAACAAAUUUAUAACGCUGAUGAAUCCGGUUUAUUCUGGCGAAUGUUACCAGAGCAUACAUUGACAUCAAGUCAUGAGAAAAACGCCCCUGGAAGAAAAAUUAUUAAAGCUAGAAUAACAUUCAUGCCUUGUGCUAAUGCAAGUGGAACAUAUAAACUGCCUUUACUCGUCAUUGAGACUGCACAAAAACCACUUCGUGAGCACCUUUUAAAUGUAAAUUUACCUCCAAAAGCUUUAUUAUUGUUGGAUAAUUGCCCUGGACAUCCAUCAGCAGAAGAAUUACGUAGUGAUGAUGGCAACAUUUUUGCAAUGUUUUUACCCCCUAAUACUACAGCGCUUAUUCAACCGAUGGAUCAAAAUUCUUGCAAAUUGUUGGAAUUUGGUUCCGCCAAUGCUCAUAAAGAAAUCGUGGAAACACUUCCUUUCCAAACAGAAAAUAAAAUCGACGAAGUUGUUGAAAUUAAUGACAUUCAACUUUCUACACUCAUAAACCAGAUACAGGAAACAUGUACGAAUAAAAUGUCUGAUUCUCAAGCACAGGAAUGGGCUUGCCGUGGCGCAGACGAAAAUUUAGCGAAUCAUAAAAUCUUAACUGAUGAUCAAAUUCUACAAAUUGCAGCAAAAGAGGAUGAUAUUGACGACGAGGAUGAAAGUGGCUCAAUCAGUACAAGUAAAGUUUCUCCUUUAAAAUCUGUGAGUGCACUGAAUAGUGUAUUGCAAUGA